UCAGUCAGCUAUAUACGAUAUAUAUAGAAAACAUAACUAUAAGUAUAAUUAUAUGCAAGUGUGCAACCCAAAGCAACGAAAUCCCGUCAAAAUUGCCUAUCAAACGAUGAGCGCGCGCUCCGUGUCGCCAAAGGUGCUGCUGGACAUAAGCUAUAAGCCGACGUUGCCAAACAUUAUGGAGCUGCAGCACAAUGUCAUCAAGCUCAUACAGGUGGAGCAGCAGGCCUACUACACAGGCCUGCAGCAAACGCAUCAGCAACACCAGCACCAACAACAGCAGCAGCAACAACAGCAGCAGCAGCAACAGCAACAGCAAUAUGUUGUUGCACCAUUGCCCUCAUUGGCGCCAAAUGCCGCUGAUUAUGCGGCCUAUGGCAUUACUGAGCUGGAGGAUACGGAUUACAAUAUACCCAGCAACGAGGUGCUCAGCACCAGCAGCAAUCACAGCGCUCAAAGCAGCCUGGAGCUGAACAACAAUCAGAAUAACUUUGAGCAACAGCAGCAGCAACAGCAGCAACAACAGACGACGGCUGCCACAGGAGUUGUUGCAGUUGCAGUUGCAGCUGCUGCACAAACUCCACAUGGUUAUAUGCUCAAUGAGCAUGGCAAGCGGGCGCGCAGCAGCAGCGACUAUGAUUGUCAAACGGAUGCAUUGUCCAUGCAACCAGAACACAAGAAGUUGCUGCAACAGCAGCAGCAGCAGCAGCAACAACAACAACAACAGCUGUAUGUGGACUAUUUGCCCACCACUGUGGAUGAGGUUGCCGCUGCCCAAACACAGUCGCAAUCCCAGACACAGACGACAACUCAGAGCUCCUGCAUCUCUCCACAUUCUCACUCCCACUCGCAUUUUGACUUUGCCCACGACGAUGAUAUGCAGGAUCACAAGCCGCAUAUUUUCAAAUACGGCGUCUAUCCUCAAACAAUCAUUCAACAACAGCAACAGCAGCAGCAACAACAACAACAACAGCAUCAGCAGCAACAGUUACACUUUCAGAGCAGUUACAGACCAGGUCAAAGCUAUGAUUCCUAUGAGCCAGCGAAUAGUCUGAAUGGCAGUGCCUACUCGAGUUCCGAUCGGGAUGACAUGGAAUAUGCCCGGCAAACAGCACUCAGCUCAAUGGCUGGCUAUGCGAAGGAGGACGAACUGGAGGGCAUGUCACCAGCCUGUUUGGGCGAUGAUGGCAGCUUGCUGGACGCUGUCGAUGCAGCGGGCAAAGCUUUUCGCAAGCCGCGACGUCGACUGAAACGGAAGCCGAGCAAAACUGAGGAAACGGAUGAGUUCAGCAAUCAGCGCGUCAUGGCCAAUGUGCGAGAGAGACAGCGCACCCAAAGCCUCAACGAUGCGUUCAAGUCGCUGCAACAGAUUAUUCCCACACUGCCAAGUGAUAAGCUGAGCAAAAUUCAAACCCUCAAGCUGGCCACAAGAUACAUUGACUUUCUCUGCCGUAUGCUAAGCUCCAGCGACAUAUCGCUGCUGAAAGCACUGGAGGCACAAUCCUCGCCAGUAUCGCCGGGCUAUGGCAAUGCCAGCACUUUGCUUAGUGCCGCCAAUGGAGCCGAUGCUGAUCUCAAGUGUCUGCGCAAGGCAAAUGGAGCACCGAUCAUACCGCCCGAGAAGCUCAGCUAUUUAUUUGGUGUCUGGCGCAUGGAAGGAGAUGCCCAACAUCAGAAGGCAUAGGACGACAGUUGGAAAUCGUGUUGAGGUCGGAGUCGAGUUGAAGUAGAAGUAGAAGUAUCGAUUGCCAUUGGGGCUUCCAGUUACUGAACAAAUAAUACACACAGCGUGAAUAAUUCCAAUGCAAGUGCCAAAGCAGCACUUGCAGAUCUUUCCAUAUCUUAUAGAUGAUUAAGUUAAAACUAUUAUUUAAACAAAGAUUUAAAAAAAAAAAUGAACAGAAAACCGAAAACAAAUAUCAAUUAUUUUUAGAUUUAAUUUUAUG